GGAAUUUCCUCUGACACAAUCUAGAAGGGGCACACCCAGGGCCGUGUAUAAAAGGGGCUGGGUUACUAGCUCAGACAUCAGACAUCAGAGAAUAAGCGAGCUCUCAAUUCCUCACAAGCAGAGGCAGAAGGAAGAAGGAAACCUCCCCUCUCAUCAUGAACGGCAAAGUCCUUGUUGCUGGGUUGGCUCUUUUCCUGCUCUACGCAGCAGUGGCAGAAGGGAUGAGCCUGUCCCGGAUGGCAAGUGAGCUCCGCUGCCAGUGCAUCAGCACGCACGCUAAGUUCAUCCCCCCCAGGAGCAUUCAGAAUGUGAAGCUGACCCAGAGUGGCCCUCACUGCCAGAACGUCGAAAUCAUUGCUACUCUGAAGGAUGGUAGAGAAGUGUGUUUGGAACCCACCGCUCCAUGGGUGAAGCUGAUCGUUAAGGCAAUUUUGGACAAGGCUGAAGCCAAUGGUGAAACAAUGCUCUAAGAAAAGCCAAAGAAGAAAACACACUGCUGUUCUCCAGUUUCCUCCUGAAGGAAACAUCUCUGUGAAAAUGCUGGCUAGUCUAUAAGCAGCAUGUCUCCAUCUGCUAGCAUCAUCUAUUUAUUUAUUUAUUUAUUGAGAAGCAUCGUUAAAAGACUUUUUAAAAAAUGUCCUAUAGAAUAUGGUACUUUGUAAAGCUGAGAACACUGGAUAGGGAAAAGUGAUUUGCUGAUGAAAUGAAGACUCAUUGGAAAUGACUUAGGCAGGACACAGUUUCAGGCAUGCAAUGCACUUGCAGCGCAGCUUCAUUUAUUCUCAGCCAGGCUCUUUUGCCAUUACAGCAGUACAGUGGCGACACUUAUCCCUCCCCUGCACAGGCAUGUUGAAACAGCUGCACUGAGUCUUGGCUAACCAGAGGCUAGCUCCUGACUGGGGUUUUGUGGUUUCAGAAAUGAAGCUGCCAAAGUACUGUUAUUGGGUGGGCAUUAUUUAUUGUGCUGUAGCACAUUGACUAUUUUAUAGCGGUCUCUACUUAAAAAGUUAAUAUUUGAGACCAAGAACUCAAACGUUAUUUAUUUAAGUUAUUUUGAUUCAUCUGGAUUUUUUAUCUAAUAUGCUAAUUCCUUAUGAAAAUGUAAUAUGUGAAGUUCCAGCUGUUCUGUGAGAGUUUUAUGUUAAUUUAUUUAAUUUUGUUCAAUGAAUGAAAAAA